UGUGACGUUGUACAGGAACAUGGCGCUUUAUGGGAGAGGUGUUUCAUGAUAGUCAGGGCUAUCGAUUAAAUUUUCUUUAACUGUGCUCAUUUAAAUGACGUCCGGCUACAUUCGCCAAAUAUGAUAGGUCAUGAAAUGUAAAGGCUCCUUUUGUCUCCAUGGGCAACGGAACUCUGCAUGUCGUAGCGGCGUUUGCUGUCGUCAGCUGAAACUGUUAGCAUAGAAAUGCUAGCUGAAGCUAGUUAGCUGGCGAGUAGCAAGUCGCUAAACAAACCGAAAAUAUGCUUCUGUUUGUAGCCUACGAUGACAGAAAAUUGGUUAUUAAUGAUUAAAUUUUAUUUAGCAUCAUAUCACCUGCUUAUUUAGUACGACCAUUUCAGUUGCCCAACAUCUAUUUGGCUAAGUCUGGAGGAUGGAAAGCCGCCGUGGAACUGUGUUGUUGUUGGCCGGUGGAAUUUUUCUGUCGGUGUUUUGGUUGUCUGAAGGUUUUCCUCUGCAGUAUCCUCAUAAAUCAGGUGGAGGCACUGGGGACACGCUGUCUGUGUCUUUGUACCUGUCCUUGGUGGUAUCUUUGAUAGUGCUGGUGGCAUUGGUAGUGUUAAUAGUGAACUGUGUGACCUGCUGCAAGGAGAGGGAGAUCAACUUCAAGGAGUUUGAAGACCACUUUGAUGAUGAGAUCGACUUCACUCCACCGGCAGAGGACACACCCUCUAUGCAGUCCCCAGCUGAGGUGUACACCCUUGCUGUGUCCCCUGUGCCCCUGCCUGGACCCCCGCAUCUUCAACCUCUUGCCACCAUUACAGAGGCAUCCGCUGGCUUCCAGAUAGGACGUCACAGUUUGAGUUACAUCCAAGAGAUCGGCAACGGCUGGUUUGGCCAGGUACUUUUAAGUGAAAUCUACACAGACCCAGGUGGAACGAGGGUGGUUGUGAAAGAGUUAAAAGCUAAUGCAAGUGCCAAGGAGCAGAAUGACUUUCUGCAGCAGGGGGAUCCAUACAGAGUGUUGCAGCAUCCAAACAUCCUCCAGUGCCUCGGACAGUGUGUUGAGGCUAUUCCCUUCCUGCUUGUUUUUGAGUACUGUGAAAUGGGAGAUUUGCGGGGCUUUCUGUCUCAGCAGGAUUGGAUAUUCAGAAACGCUGAGUUACUGCAGCUGCAGAGGAUGGCCUGUGAAAUUGCUGCUGGUGUCACUCACCUUCACAAACACAACUUCCUGCACAGCGAUUUGGCUCUGAGGAACUGCUACCUGACUUCAGAUCUUACAGUCAAAGUGGGCGACUAUGGAAUUGGACCCUACAGAUACAAAGAGGAUUACAUCAUCACCGAGGACGAUGUGUUUGCGCCUCUUCGUUGGCUGGCUCCUGAGCUGGUGGGAGAGCGCCAUGGUGGUGUAAUCACCAUGGAGCAGACCAAGCAGAGCAAUGUGUGGGCUUUGGGGGUCACAUUAUGGGAGCUCUUUGAAAAUGCUGCUCAGCCGUACCCACAUCUGUCAGACCGGGAGGUUCUCAAUCAUGUGAUCAAGGAGCAACAAGUCAAACUCUUUAAGCCACAACUGGAGCUUCCUUAUUCUGAAAGAUGGCACGAGGUCUUGCAGUUCUGUUGGCUGUCUCCAGACAAGCGGGCCACAGCGGAGGAAGUACACCGCUUGCUUGUCUAUCUGCGCAUGCAAGGCCAAAAGGACAUGGAAGAAGAUUUUGACCAGCGCUGGGAUGCACUCAAGCCUAACCCUUCCACACGGCAGACCACUGUUAGCCAUUCGUCCUUCCCAAUCUUGGAUCAGUUUGCUGAUGAUGCCCUGCGACAAGAGAUAGACGAAGUUCUCACUGUCACAGAAACAAGCAAAGGCCUUAGUUUUGAGUAUGUCUGGGAGGCAGCAAAGCAUGACCACUAUGAUGGCAGCCAUGGACGUUCAGGCAUCGACACAACACUGAACUACCACAGUAUGUUUUUUCCUGUUUCCAGGGAAGAUAUCCAGGCCCAUUUCCCUGAUCCUUUAACAAGGGCUGCAGGGGCAGAAAGCGGUAACACUCCUUCAGGAAUUCCUGGGAUUGUACCGGUAUUUGAUUCACAAAAGUCGUCUAAUGGGAAUGAAUAUUACAUUCAGCUAGAGGAGCAAGGGGAGAAUGGGGAAAAUGGGAAUAGGGGGCAAGAUUUUGUUGUUCUUCAAGAUGUCCGUCUGGAUGAGUCUAGCACAGAUGCUGACUUUUUCCACCAAAGCAUUGACUCGAAGGAUUCAUAUUUACCAGAUAGCCACAUCUGGUCAUCUCUUGAAAAUGACAGCCCAUACCACACAAACAUUUUCACUGAAGAGGGGUCCAAGCAAGAUGACUCUCCUUCCUGGAGACAGAAUCUUUUGGAGCUUCCAGAGCGCAAUGGGAACCCUUUCCAUGAUGAUGGGUCUUUAGAGACCCAAGAAAUUACUACAGAACAAAGGCAUGGGGGUUCUUUUUUAGUUGACAUGUCUCACCCAUCAGUUUCUGUGGACGGGGAGAGGGGGAACACAAACGUGAAUAGCUUUCUCAAUACUGAAAAACUGGCUGAUAACUAUGCGUUUCUCAGAGAACAGAAUCUAAUGAAAGAGGGCUCUAGUUUCUCACAUCCACAGCAGAAUUUUCUUUUACCUGGCAUAGUCCACGAACCAGAGGAAGCAUUCAAAAUGAAUUCUUGGGAUAAACUUGGGACUUUAGGCAGCUUAAACACAGCAGAUACAUACUUAAAACCUGCAGCAAGUAGCACAUCUUUCAGACAUGAACUUUUAGACUCUCCAAGUGCCAACUUGGAGCAGUUACACCCUCCUCUGGUAGAAAAUGAAACACCAGUGCCUUUCAUUACAGUGGCUGCAGACGAUGACAUAAGCAGCCAGCUGCCAGUUAGAAAUAGUUCUUCCACUGAAGACCUUGGUCUGCUCCAGUCCACAGACAGAGGUGUAGACUCUGGUUUUGAUUCUACCUCAGAGAGGUUUGAGGUUAUCCUUAGUGAAACUGAUGGUCACACCUUUGCGUUCUCCGACAGUGCCACUACAGACUCAUUGUGCACAGAUGCCAAUAUUACCAGCCUUGACGAUGAUGCAGCCUCAAAGGCCUCUGCUCACCUCAUAGUGAGUGAAAUGCCCGAAAAUGUGCAAGUUCAAGCUCUGUCUUCAGAAAACGGACACAAUGAAGACUUAACAAGUAAUGAUUUGUUGAGUGAGCUAAUUGAGGAUGCAGAUAUAGAACUGGAAACUACCCUCUCUGAUCAUGAAGAAUCCUUCAUGGAAGCAAAUGGGCAUCCUUUUGUUAGAUCUUGUCUUCUUGUAUCAGGUCCAUCUUUGGACCAGAUCAGUCAGGACAGUUUAUUAGAAGACAGUAUGUCCACAACUGUUCCAACUGUAGACAUUUCAGCCCAAACACCAGACUCUUUAGACUCUCUCGACAUAAAUAGACUGGGAGAGCAGGGAGAAGAGCUGAAUGCUCAAAUAGCCCAACACAAACUCCAACCUCCGUACAAAAUAUCAGACAGUGGAUAUGAGACUGAGAACCUGGAGUCUCCUGAAUGGAACUCUCAGCCAAAUGUCAACGACUGUUCUCCUGUUAAAAAUGGCAUGAGCAUUACCAAAGAAGGAGAGUCAGAAGAGCUCCCAGCUUCAGUGAAUUUGGUUCCACCAAAAAUCAUAAUCUCUGAAGUGGAGGGGAUAUUGGAAAGUCACAGUGAAGAUCCCAGUGAGGUUCAGGAACCGGAUCAUGUCGCUGCUGAGGAGGCACCUUUUGGCAGCAAUUACAGAGAUUCUGCCUACUUCUCUGACAAUGAAUCAGAACCCGAGAAGAAGUCUGAAGACACAAGUGUGGGGGGUGCUGUUGAAGUCACGUGGUUGAAGAACGCUGCAGGUCCAGUGCUGGAAGCUUACAAGGAAAGAGAUGUUGAUACUUUAUUUUCAGAGCAAGAAGCCUCUAUAGCUGCUAAAGCUCAGGCUGCAGUUGGAGAAACAUCUGAUGCCCAUGCUGAGAACAUUCAUCCAGAAGUCGCAUCAGGUAUCACAGAAAAACCUGAGAAUGGCGUGAUAGAGUCCGGCAGCGGCCAUAGUGAAGAUGAAAAGAAAUCAGAACUUGUCAAGGACAUGUUUACUGGUCAGAUGAGCCCAUCACAAGAUCUGGAAACCUCAACACCGCCUUCCACUUCCCCAGCAAAUCUGGAACCAGAGAACACCCUUCACGCUAAACUGACCAGGACCUAUGCCAGCGAUGGCCAUAAAAUCAAAGAACCAGACGUGGAGGGUCGUUACUUGGGGAGACGAGACGGUUCGGGCUUAGAUGGACAGGAAGAUGGUGUGGAUGCUGAUGAGGAAGAUGAAAACAGCGACGACUCUGAUGAUGACAUGCGUGCGUACCAGCUACACAGCUCCAGCUCAGAGAGCGAGGAUGAAACGGUUCACCCAGUGCCAAUUAUUGUGUCGGACGAACCUGCAAAGAACCUGAAGAGCUUGUUGAAGCCUGCAUCCCUGAAUAUUGAAGCAUCAUCUUCCCCGUUUCCUGGGAGGUGGAAUGCAGAAAGCUCCAGAAGAGCUGUGUCAUUCUUUGAUGAUGUCACUGUGUACCUGUUCGACCAGGAAACUCCCACCAAGGAGCUGGGUGACCAUUCAUCAGGUUCAAACAGUCAGGUACCAGAGUUCAGCAGCCCUGUGCCCACUGCCAGCUACCUGAACCGCUUCGCUAACUCUGAAAGCUCAACAGAUGAAGAAGGUGGUGGUUUUGAGUGGGAUGACGACUUCACCUCCCCUGCAUCUGCCUUCCUGCCAAAGGCAGAUAAAGACCCUGUUUCUAAAGCCAUGUCUUCUCCAGCCCCCACAGUGGGGCGUGUGCUGGAGCCCAAUUGGAGCAGCUCCUCAAGCUACUCCCGUUUCUCCAUCUCACCAGCAAGCAUUGCUAGCUUCUCCCUCACACAUCUUACCGACUCUGACAUUGAACAAGGAGGAAGCAGCGAAGACGGAGAAAAGGACUAGACCGAUAAAUGAAGGACCAUUUAUCAUCACACUACUGAGAAACAACGCUGUAUUUGCCCUUUUAGGGGACGGCAGCAUAACGACAACGCACGGUUUGUGGGGCGCUUCUCUCAGGCAGAACCGUUCACAGUGGAGUUGGUCACGAAAGUGAAAACAAACUUUCAGCAAAUAACAGACAAGGCUCCGUUUGAGCCACAUCACCUCUUCAGCUCCAUCAGUGUGUGGAUUUCAGUUCAGUGCAAUUACAAUUUGGGGGGGGGAAAAAAAAAAACAAGACUAAUAAAAGUCCGAGUAGCUUCUAAUUGUGUGCUUUAAAGACUCAUCGUGCGCAUUCCAGGUGUGACUGCUUCUUUUUGUUGCAUGUCCAAGUGCACUCCUUUGCUUGGACUUUUGCUUCACCAAAAACAAUUCGACACACUGGCUGGAAAAAAAUAAUCACUACAACUAAACAGGAAUAAGCUCUUUGAUCUCAACAGAACUGGAAAUCCGAAGUAAAGCUUAAUCUGUAACAAUACUUAAUUUGCUCUUUCAUGUAUUUCAGUGGUUGCCUUGGGUUUUUAUUUUUUUUAUUUUUACAGUUUAAUCGCAGUCUCCUACUUUGGGAGAAACUAUAUGUGAAAUCCUUCUGUAGCAGUAUUUGAAUAAAAAGGAUUGUGUAUGUCAAAGCGCCAUCCAUGCAUAGGAUGAUCAUGUAAUAAUCUACAGAGAUAACACCUGUAUAUUCCUUUAUGUUAGAAAGGAUCAUUCACAGUAUGCUGAGUCAUAUUUUUGAGACAUCCCAGUAAAAAUGGAGGAUGUUAUUGCUUAAGGAUUGCUGUAUUAGUCCUGACAACUGUAAGACAGUUGUGAUUGAGAACUUAAUAAUUGCUGUUUUCCUUUUGUUCUUUUAAGCUUUAUUUUUGUCAUAAAUGUGCAGGAAGUUGUUUGGAUUGUUUUUUGAGUUAUUGUCACUGGGUCUAAUCGUGGUGCCUGUCGAUGCUGCUAAGACAGCUGCUCUCCUCCAUUCAUCACUACAGAAUUUUCAAAUUGCACGUUGAGUAAAAUUGUGUAAAAAAGAAAAAUAAAAAUCAAACAAAAAAAGGCAGGAGAUUCUAUUUUUUAAAUGUUCGGAUGAAGAAAACCUCGCGAGCUGUUUGUAAACCAAUGUGCAAUGAAUUUAAUUAAAGUUGCGUGUCAGUUUAUAGGAUGAUCUGGUGAUUGUGCCGCUGUUUCUUCAGUGACUUGCAGGGACUUGAAGCCUAUUGAACUUACUACUAGAACAAAAAAAUAAAAUAAAAUACGGCUGCUUUUAUAAUCUGAGUGUCAUGGGCAGAAUUCUGCCUUUCUUCUAACUUUGUAAGAAAGAUGGCAAUAUUUAACAAAAAAAAAGAUCAUUUGAAAGCUGUGCAGAUGUGUAUUAUGAUCAGUUCCUGUUUGGAAACCUGAUGCAAAUGCUUAGAGAUGAAGAUAUGCUUUGACCCUCAUGUCUCCAUGUACAUUUAGAAAAUUUGAAACUGUAUCUCUGUACAGUUACUGUAUGGAUCUUUCCUUCUGGUGACUCAAACACCUUCAAUAUUUUGUCACAGAUAACCAGCUGUACUUCACUUGUAGUAGAUAGACGCCCAUCUCACCUGCUCCCAUUCAGACGACAAUGUUAACCUCUGUUAAAACCAGCAGCCUGUGCUUAAGUUAAACUUGAACGUCUAUUUAAGGAAAUUUUUAUUUGACUACAGUAUACAUUUGCUUAAUCUUGCACAUUUGAGAAAUGUAACUUAAUGUUGAAAUGUUCCAAUGUAUAUAAAUGUUUUUUUUCUUUUUGUCUGUAAAUGGGAAAUAAUGUAACUGAGUUAUGGGUAUGAGGUUUUGUUUUGUAACUUAAAGCUGAGUAAAAUCAGAGGAACAUAUCACAGUCAUCAGCUAAAAGCAUCGAAAUUAAGACACAGAACAGAUGUGAAUUCAUUCUGUCCUUUAAACCUGUAGAUUUUAAAUAUUUUUACUUCAUAUUGAUCAUGCUUAGUGUAAUUGAAUGAAAUGUUUAUAAUUACACUGUUUAAUAUGAAAAUAAAUGCAAAGAACUUCUA